AUGGUCGUUGGAAUUGGCGUGCAGCCCGUCCUUACCACGCUAGUUGGAAUCCGCAACCGCUUAGCGGCGCUGAAAAAGGACCGGGGGAAUUACUUUCGACCAAAUGAAAUCGUCGGCUUGUAUAACGAGCUUCUAGAGCAGGUCAAGGUUUUGCUAGCUGUGAGGAGUAGCGAGCACCAUGAUAAUGACAAUUUUAAGAACCGCGUGGAUUCGGUUUUGGACGAGUGCUUUCAGCUAUUUUCGCUGUUUUACUUGGCGCUUGGGAAAAACAAGGAGGUUCCUGCGGUUUAUGUUCAGCUGGUCACUAUUAAGCAGAACUUUGAGCUGUUUAACGAAACGGGAAUUUACACUGAUGCCGACCUCGAGCCGUUCCAGAAGCGCCUAAAGGAGAUUCGCCAGCUUGUGGACGAUGCCGCCGAAAAAUACGACGAGGACAGCGACGUGUCGAAACCCGAGGUGCUUUUGGUUUUGCGGCGCUUGCGCCAGUGCGAGUCGGAACUUGCCGCGCUGGAGGAGACGACGCGGGUAAUCGACGACAGCCUGAUGCCUAUAUACGAGGAGCUCGUGUUUAUACGCCGGCGAAUGACAGCACUGUCAAUAAUGCUGCACGAGCUGGCCAUCGACGAGGCGAAGGAACUGCAGAAGCGCCUGAUUGAGAUUGACGACAGGCGCGUGGACGACCGCUUUGUCAGUCUCGACGACGGCACCGUGGCACCAGGCCAAACACAGGUAGUUGGGCUUCUGGAGGAGUGCUUUGACCGUAUACACGAUUUAAUGGUCGAGGGAAGCACAGUGCCGCAGGACAUGAUGCCCAUAUACGACCGCCUGAUGGACAUCCGCAUGCAGUUGGAGAAACUUUUGCUGACUAGCCGCUGGACCCUGCGCGAGACUGAUUUGUGGAGCUACCAGGUGCAGCUCCAGGAAAUCGACGCCAUGCGCCGCAAUGGCCAGUUCAAGGACUCGACCGGUGACCCGGCGCCGCAGCAGGCUCAGGCGGCAUUGAACUUUCUGUUGCACAAGUGCUACAAUCUGGUCUACAGGCUGCUCUCGUCGAGCGAGCCUGUAGCAGAGUCUCUUAUGGCGGUUCAUAAUCAGUUGAGGACCCUGCGGCGGUGCUUGUUUGAGGUCAAAAAGUACGGUGGUCCGUUAUCUGCUCGUGACUUGUAUCCUUACCAGAUGAAGCUGUCGAGUAUCGAUAAUUUGCGCACGGACGGCAAGUUUCUUGAUGAGGAAGGACAUAUUCCCGAGGGACAGGGUGUAGUUAUGUCCUUGCUGAAUGAGUGCUAUGACCUGAUGUACGAACUCAUGGCCACUGAAGUUGACGAGUAA